AAGCACCAAUUUCUGAUGGAUGCACAAGAAUUUAUAAUGAAUUUAUUACAAAGAAAAAAACCAAUUUCAGUUAUGCUGAUGUCAACGAUUGUUAUAAAAGCUUUCCGUUUGAUAAAGACGUUGCUUCUAAGACGAUUGAUACUUUAAGUGGCCUUGUUUGUGGAUUUUAUGUAUUUUUGGAUAAAGCAAAAGAACCUCCACAACUUGGGUUUGACUUUAGACCGGUAGAUUUAAAAGCAGAAUUAGAAAAUUUUCGGAACAAAUCUUAUUCAACUUUGUAUGAUUUUACAAUUGAUGUUAAGCAUCUCUUUUAUGAUUUAAAAGAUGCGCAUACAUUGUUUGGUUCAUAUUGCUUUACGACAUUUUUAUUUCAUACGAAUAUGACAUUCUACUCUGUUGUUAACAAUGGGGAACAGAAAAUUAAAGUAUUUGAUGAUACUAUUGACCAAUCUAAUAUUGAUUGCGAAGUAACACAUAUUGAUGGUCAACAAGCACUCAAAGUAAUUUACGAAUUUGCCAAUAAUUCAGUUUAUGCAUCAAGAAAUCUAGGUGUACGAUUUAAUAUAGCUCUUGAUCGUGCCUAUAAGUUCCCAUCUUUUGCUGUACGAUCUGAAAUACCAGAGAGGCCAGAUAUCACUUAUACGCUCAAAUGUGAUGAUAAAAAUGUAUUUGAUGUUAAAAGAAAUUGGAAUGCCUUUGCUCAAAAUAGUACACUUUUAAAUAAGUUUAAUAAUUCAAAUUCCUAUUUCGAUAAUAUUUGUAAUCCUACAAAUGGAAUCACACCAACUGGACCUCCUAGUACCUCAUUUCAAGAAAUUAGAGUUGUACCACCUGAUGACUUUAAUAAAAUUUUAGAGCAACAAGACAAAAGUAUAACCACGAUAAAAAUUAUUGAUAGCUUUGUUAGCUUUUUUAAAAUGCAAGAUUUUGGUAUUGUUAAAUUUUUUACUGAAAGACCCGCUGAACAAAAUGAGUCUAUAAAUAUGCUUCCAGAUAUAAUUCAAGGAUUUAAAGAGCUGGAAAAUAUGGGCGUUAAAAAGGUUGUUCUUGACUUAUCUGACAAUACUGGUGGAUUUGUUUUCAUCACUUAUUUUAUCAGUUUACUCUUAUUUCCUAACACCUUCCCUUCCUUUGAUAAUGAUAUUCGAAUUUCCGAACAAAUGAGGCUUGCAAUUACUGAACAAUAUAGACUUAAAACCAAAAAUAAUAUUUUUGAUUUAACAGGCUAUGUUAAUGCAAAAACUCUGGCUAAUUUUACAAGUGCUGAAGACUUCAUUAAUGAUAAUAUUUAUACACGUGGUGGUGUUAUGGAUAAUUAUUCUAAUAAAUAUAUUGAUGAAGCUAAUAUAAAUGCGAUGAAUGAACAAUUACCAAUAUUUUGA